AUGGGGAAGAAGAAGAGACAUGGUGAAAACGAUUCUGAUGUGUCAGACACGGAGGAGUCGGGGUCUACAGUAUCCGAGAGAACAAAACAAAACGUCUUACCAGUGUUCACGCAGAAAAGGCAGCAGAUACUGCCUGGAGCUACAGUGAAACCACGCAAGCAUCCACCGUGGUACAGCACUCGGAUUCUAGAAGAAGAACGACCAGAUCUAGCUGGAAAUGACGGAAGAAUUAACUUAGAGAGAGAUGAAGCCGCGCUCAUGGAUAUGUUCAUCAGAGGAAAAAGCGACUUACAAGCAGGCGAUCUAAUAAUCACUGAUGACAAGUGA